UUCUCAGGUGUUCCUAAUUGCUUUUAGUCUUAUUUUGUCGAUUAAACUAUAUUGUUUGUGCGGUGCGUCUGUUUUUUAUAGUGAAUUUCAAAUAAAUUGUUCAUCGAUCCAGUUAUUAUUUGUUUAUAUAGUUUGAAAGCGUAUGUAACUAUUCCAGCAUGUUACCAUUGAGGCGUCAGAAAGAAAAGAAGAACUACAGGAAAGGUAUUCAACCUGAAAGAGAAACAGCUUUAAUCCACGUUAUAUUGCUGAAUAAAGCUUUCCGGGUUAUUGUACUGCUUUUCCUUGCUGCUACUGUUAUUCCCAUAAUUGUGUAUUUGAUGGUGUUCUCGCGAGAAAUUGGGCCCUUGGAAUACGAUCGAAAUCAAGUGGGAACAUGCGGGCAUUUAAAAAGUCUGCAUGUUUCUUGUGGCCUUAAGAGCAUUUCUGAAAAUUUUUGUCUUCUACGAGGAUGCUGCUUCACUAGAAGGGAUGGAUGCUACCAUACAUUACCAUCGAGACACCAGUAUUACAACCCAUCUUAUAUAACUUCCAAUCUAACUAAAGAACUCCAACCAUUACGCGAUGUAACACCACUAGGAGUUGCAGCUAUUUCAUAUCUUCAGCUGGUAAUUGAACCUUUAUCGAAUGAUAGGGCACGCCUUUAUGUAUGGAAUCCAACAACAAAACAGAAUCCUGUUUAUCCUGAAGCCAUUGGAAAUGAAUCCACGAGUUACAUAUAUCAUAUUUUUCAACCCGUUAUUUAUGCAGAAUUUCGACGUAGAGUUGAUGAUUCACUUUUAGUUAUUACAUCCCGUGGCCCUCUGAUUGUGGCACAAAAUUACCUAGAAUGGAGCUUUUAUCUAGGAACACACAUUUUGUUUGGUCUUGGUGACUUACAUUUGCAGCCAGGCUUCAAGACAAUUAUUUUGAACAACGAAGCAAACGAUGCAAUUCCAUUCAUUCUGGCUUACAAUGCUACAACCGAAAUGUUCCAUGGAAUUUAUAUAAACGCACCGUAUCCAGUUGAAGUUGAAAUCACUGAGAGCUAUUUAGUUAUAGUUAGAGCUAUUUUUGAUACAUCAUUUCACAUUGAUGUACUAUGUGGUCCAACAAUCGGUAAUUUGAUGGAUCAGUUAAUGGAGCAAACAGAACAAAAUCUACAUCCACUGCCAAAUUGGUUUUUUGGUUUUCACAUUUGUGAUACGAAUAUUACAAGAAAUCUCACAGAUUCAGUGAUUGAGGUUCUGGAGUUACUUUCCUCUGAUUUUGUAACUGAGCAGCCAUUUGAUACUCAUUGCAUACGAGAACAGUUGCUGUGGUUGGGUGACGAUAUAAAGGGAUUACCAAGCGAGGUGAGGAGCGCUAUUAGUAAAAUGAAAUGGCUCGGAAAAAGUUUUAUUGCUUCCAUGACUGCAGUACUUCCAGCUGAUCUCAAGAGUGCAGCUUAUCAUAUGGCCAAAGCAAAGGGAUUAUUAAUGAGGCAUCCCACUUUAGAAGAGCCUUACAUUGGCCGUAUUGGCAAGACGAAUGUGGUCUAUGUGGACUGGGUUGGAUCAAAUCAAGAAAAUUUGUAUGAAUGGUCAAAUCAAUUCAUGCCCAACAAUUUAUCUGCAGAUGGAUAUAUGGUGCAGGCCAAUUGGAUGUGGGAUCAAAGUGAUGGUGAAAAAAUACCCCACUCAUUUCCAUAUAUUUCAAUGGAUAUGAUAAAUGCCAGCAAGAAUAUAGUACCGUGGUUUAUUCGUCAAAGUGGCACAGAUGGAAAGGCCUCAAUUUUCUCCCAUAAUUUUGCAGCAUCAGCGCAGAUUGACGUAAUAAGGAAAGUCCUUGGAAAUGAAUCGUUUAUUUUAUCUGAAAGUUCGCUAUUUGCAAAUGUACCAAUCUCUCGUAGACAAGUACCAUCUACAUGGACAGAAUUGAGAAAUUUAGUUCGUCGUACGAUGGGCCAAUCGAUUUCUGGAAUUUACUUCAGUUCAGCAAAUAUUUGUGGAGAUGGCGAGACAUGGACGGAAGAGCUAUGUAUUCGUUGGUAUCAAUUCGCUUCGCUAUCACCUUUCUACCGAGUAGCGUCCGCAAAGGCUCCAACAUCAUUUUCGAAAUUCGCUCAAAGUUUGCUGAGAGCAUCAACGGAGAGACGAUACUCACUUUAUUUGUACAUUCAUACUGUUGUGACAGAAAGAAGACCUCUUCUCACACCUUUAUUCUAUGAAUAUCCUGACCUCAUAGCAUUGAUGGACAAUUUAACACACCAGGCGCUUGUCGGACCCUCUCUCCUGUUUGCACCAGUACUGCUGCCUGGUGUUCAACAUAUCAAUAUUUUCUUCCCUGAGGUAUACUACGAGAUUGGCGGUGGGCAGCAAUUAAUUGCAAAUACGUGGGCUGAACUACCUGUUGUUGAGACAGACGCACCCCUUUUCAUUCGUGCUGGACAUAUUGUUCCUAUACAGCAUACAAAGAAUGUUCGGUCAAUAACAGUCAUGCAAAUGAAACCUAUUCAUUUAUAUGUCGCUCUGGGUCCAUUGGAAAAUGGCAUAAGUACUGCAAUAGGUAAAGUGCAAUUUGAUUCAGAAUACAAAGUUACAUUUAACGCGGCUUACACAACCUCAUCAGAACAGACGCAACUAAAAUUAUCAUCGUACUCUAAACUAACUUGUCGCACCACUACAAAUCUCACCAUAGAAAGUGUAAAAAUCUAUGGUUCUGGUGUUUCGGAUGUUGGCGUCUUUACAUAUUCUAUAAAAGUGGGGCAUAAUUUAUGUGGUGGAAAUUUAAACUUGACAGAAGAUUUGAGUUUUCUAAAUAAAAGAAAUUCAAUAUAAGGAUUACUGAUUUUUUCUUUAUGUAUUAGCAAUAGUAUUUGUCACACGAAAAAUUUAUUGUAUUGUACCUACUGUAUACAGAUUGUUUGUAAUAAAUAAAAAAAAUGUAUUAGUUUUCUCAA